GUAGUUGCCGCCGUGUCCUCCGGCCUCGCCUUCGCGGGAGUGAUGACCCCCUGGGCCUUCCCCUCCGUGUCCCUGGGUCAGCUCACAGAGGAGAGGUCAGCGGUCCAUCUCACGCAGGGUCAGCAGGACUGGUUCACGAAUCUGCCUUUGUUCAUGCUGAUUCCUGGCUCGGUGGUGGGCGGGGCGCUGGCGGAUCUGCUCGGGCCCCGGACUCUGCUGCUCCUGCUGACCCCCCUGCUGACUGCUGCCAUGGCGGCCAUGCACUUGGUGUCCUACAAGGCGGUGCAGGACGCGGGUUUGGCUGAGGCCCUGCUGCUGGCGUCGCGGGUCCUGCAGGGGGCGUCCGCGGCGCUGAUGAACCCCACCGUGUCCGUGUACCUGUGCGAGGUGACGGAGGAGCGCUUCCGGGGGACGCUGGCCAGCCUGGUGGACGCCUGGGCGACCUUCGGCUUCCUGCUGACGUACGUCGUGGGGAGUUUUUUGGCGUGGCACUCCCUGGCACUCGUCCUGCCCGCCUGCUUGCUCGUGCCGGCCUUCCUCGGGCUCUUGGUGUCCCAGGAGUCCCCUCUGUGGCUGGCGAGGAGGGGGAAGGAGAAGGAGGCGCUGCGCGUGCUCGAGACGCUGCGCAGCUCUCCGGAGGACGUGAUGAAGGAGUUCGACGGCGCGGCGGCGUCCGAGGAAAAUGCGUCCUGCUGGGAGGCAGCGAGGAUGCUCGUCAGGAAGUCCAACCUCGUGCCGAUCGCCGUCUCGAUGUUCCUUCUGCAGGCCAAGGAGCUCUCCGGGAACAACGCCGUCCUCAUCUACAUGCCCCAGAUCUUCCAGCUGGCGGGCGUCGGCAUGCCCCCCAACACCAGCAGCAUCGUUGUCAUGGCGACGCGCCUCGCCUGCAACUUCGUCGGGUCGGCGCUGCUGCAUCGCCUGCCGAGGAAGUGCCUCAUGCUGGCCGGCGCCGCCCUCAGCGCCGCCGCCACCAGCGCCCUCGGCGCGUUCUUCUUCGUGCAGGGGCGCGGCGACGACGUGGCCCUCCUCAGCUGGCUCCCGAUGGCGGCGCUGCUGGCGUUCACGGUGGGCGUGUCCGUGGGCGUGGGCCCCGCGUCGUGGCUGGUGGCCGCCGAGAUCCUCCCGCACCGCGUCCGCAGCCUCGGAUUCGGCAUCGGCGUCACAGGAUACUCGCUGGCCUCCUUCCUCGUCUCGAUGACGUUCGAACGCGUGCGGGGGGCGUGGGGCUCCUACGGCCUCUUCUGGUCCUACUCGGCCGGCUGCGUCGUCUACGCCCUCCACGUCUUCCUGGCCGUCCCGGAGACGCGCGGACGCUCGCUGGCCGAGAUCGAGGACGCCUGGGGACGCCGCUCGAGCGCCCGGACACGGCGAGGCGCGGCCGAGACGGCGCCCGUGUGAGAGGCCGGCACGGGCGCCGCGCCCACCGCCGCCCCUCCUCCUCCGGUCGACUUUACCUCCUCACCAUCACUCCCUCGCCUUUCUUUACUCUGUACAGCUCUCUCGACCAAAGAUAUGAUAACGAUGAUAACCAUAUUGUCAAUAAUAGCCGCUUUAAACCAUUUCUACAACUUGCAAGGCCAGUCGAGUCACACGCCUUUGUGAACAGGAUCUUCAUUUGCUCCAGCGCCUCCCUUCCCAGGAAAAGUGAAAAACAAAAACAAAAACUGGCAACUCGAAAGGAUUCUGGAAAACUCUCAUUCACAGUUUUUCUUUUACUCUCAUCAAAGGACUAUUGUUUUGACGGAUUUCAUAUAAAAAAAAAUAUAUAUAUAUUUCUAUUGUUUUAUAUAACUUUGUUGUUGUUGUUAUUAUUAUUAUUAUUAUUAUUAUUAUUAUUAUUAUUAUUAUUAUUAUUAUAGAACCUGAGUUGCCAGUUUUUCCUUUAUGAAACCACACGGAGCAGAGUUACUGCUUAUGGUUGUCUAGUCAUAUAUUGAAAAAAAAACGUGAUUUAUGUGAUAUGUGAUAUAAAUGCAUGCACAGAUACAUGCAUGUUUAACACCCACAUACAUACAUAUAUUCACACAUACAUAUGUGUAUUAGGUGUUAGGACUGUUACGACUCAGAUAGUAAACAAAUAUUAUUUGUCACAAGGUAUGUAUAUUGCUUAAUUGACCGAUCGCUGUGAUAUUAACACACAUACACACACAUAUAUAUAUAUAUAUUUUUUUUACUUCUGAGGAAAUAUUUGGUAAACAUAUCUUACAACAGACGUCUAUGUUGCGUUUGUCAAUUGUAUUUUUAUUAUUAUUAUUAUUAUUAUUCUGUAUUCAUUAUCAGAAACAUUUUCUAGUCAUGGAAUGCGAAAUUUCUAUAUUUCCUUUUCAGAUAUUUGUAAAGACCUUUAAAGAUAAUGACAUGAGUGAGGAUUUUACAAUAUCAAAGAUCAGAUAAACAGAUAAAUUUCUGUGUUUAUACAGAAAGAAAAAUAAUCCAGAUACUGAGAACAUUGCAGGAAAAGAACAACAAAAAUAAUAAAGCGCAUUGCGAAUCCC